AUGUUACAAUAGCUAGUCUAGUUAAUUGUUCAUAAUGGAAAAUAACAGAAUAGCUAAGAUACUAAAAAUGUUAGAUUUCUGUCAGAAAAUGAUAUUGUCUAGAUUUCUUAACAAAACUAGCCAAUUACUUCAGAAUCUAAUGAAGAUGAUAACGAUAGUUUUUCAGUGAUUAUCCUUAUUAUUUGUCUGUUUCUAUUGAUAUGUGUUUGUGGAACAAUAGUUGAGGUGAGUAGAAGGAAAAAAGUUAAAAAAGAAAAUGAACAUAAAUUAUUGCAAGAAAAGCGUUUGUCCCUACAAGCUAAUAUAGGAAUGCUCAAUAAAAUCUAAGAUUAGAUGCAAUUUUCUAUAUGGAAGUUGACCAGCUUCAAUUAUAAAAAUUUCUCUACUCAAAAAAUACUGAAAUUCGAAUCCUUCUUUACUUCCCAUAAUUAAUUAGAACUUUAAAUAAAUGUGGAAUAAGCCAAAGAAUCUUGGUCAGCCGAGGGACACAUUUCUACUAACUCAGAAUAAGAAAUUUAAAUUCAUUUGAGGACUAGCCUUGAUUAUGAAUUAUUAGAGAGGAAUGAAAAAGGUGAUCAUCAUUUAUAUUUACUUCAAUAAUUUAAAGGGGUAUAUAAUUAAGAAAAAAAUAAGUUUAUUGGUUCUUGGAGUGUCUAUGGAAGUUAAGAACUCAAUAAUUUAAAUUUUUUUGGCGAAUUUGAAUUAACAAGAGUACUUGUGUGA